AUGAAAGAGAAAGAUAUACAGAUGGUUAUAUCCCAAUACCUAGAGAAGAAAAAUGAUUGCGUAGAUAUGUAUUUUGAGUACGAUGUGAACGAGAAAGACCAAUUAGCUCGGGUGUUUUGGGCGGAUAUGCGGGCAAGAAUGCACUAUGGGGCUUUUGGAGAUGUGGUUUCAUUCGAUGCAACAUACAAAACUAACAGGUACAAUCUCGUGUUCGUCCCAUUCACAGGUAUAGACAACCAUAAGAGAUGCGUGACAUUUGCUGCGGGACUAAUUGAUAAAGAGGACGUGGAAUCGUAUAGUUGGAUCCUUAGAAACUUCAAGAAUGCUAUGGGAAGUACACCACCUAUCGUAAUAACUUAUCAAGAUCCAGCUUUGAAGGUUGCGAUUGAAACGGAAUUCCAGGGGACUCGCCACCGUUACUGUAUGUGGCAUAUUAUGACUAAGGUUGGUGAUAAAGUUGGUAAUACAUUAGCGAAGAACGAGGAGUUCCGGCAUGCGUUGAAUGCCGUUGUGUGGAACGAGGAAGCAACAACCAUAGGAUUCGAGAGCACGUGGCAUGAAGUUAUUCAGAAGUAUGGCCUACUAAAGAAUCGUUGGUUGAAACGUAUGUAUGAUGAGCGUGCGUCAUGGGUGCCUCCGUUUUUUGAAGAUGUGUUUAUGGGGGGCCUAUUGCGUACGACUUCACGUUCAGAAGCUGAGUACAGAAUUUUUCAGAGUAAUACUAAUAAGCAUUUAUGUCUUGUUGAAUUCUUCAAACGUUUUGAAAGUGCAGUUCGGAAACAACGCGACAAGCAUCUGGAACUUAGCGCAGCUUGCAACGGGCAAACACCGCCUCUCAAGACCCUCUUGCGCAUAGAGCGAGAAGCAGCAACGGUGUACACAUUGCCUGUUUUCUCUGAUGUACAAAAAUAA